AUGUAUUAAUUACAAUUUUAAAUGCCACUUAUUUUUGCUUUUAAUAUUAGGAUGUCAAACUCAAAGAUAAAAACUAAAGAAUAAUCUGGUUAAAAUUAUUCACAAAAUAGUUUUAAUCCAAAUUUAGAAAACAGGGCUUCGUGCUUAAGUAAAGCUCUAUUUUUAUGGACCAACAAAGUCAUAAAAUUAGGAAACUCAAAAUCGAUCAAAGAAUGCGAUUUAUUCGAUUUGAGAGAAGAAGAAAGACUGGAAACAUUUGCUGGACCUAUAUUUUUAAAUUUAAUUGUUAAAAAUAUUGCUGAUGAAUCUUCAAAUCAAAGCCUAGGAUAUAUCUAUGCUAGUCUUUUGUUUGCUUGUUUUGCUUUGAAAGUCUUUUUGUAGUAGCAUUUAACGCUUUUAACAAAUAGGAUCACCUUUUAAGUAAUUUUUAAUUGA